UAGAAGUGGAACUGGGUCUUUGGGAGUUUCGCGCGCGUUCUCCAAACCUGCUUGUCUGUCAGACUAACGAUAUUUUGUUGAUAUUUGAUAUUGCUGAACGCUUCGGUGGAUGACCAGAACCUCUCAUCUUAAAAUGACAUCUGCAGACUAUGAACCGGCUUCUUUACCCGAUUUGUUGCCACUCUACUACCGACGACUGUUUCCUUUCUCUCAGUAUUAUCGUUGGCUGAAUUAUGGAGGAGUUCAGAAGAACUACUUUCAGCAUCGAGAGUUCUCGUUCACAUUGAAAGAUGACAUCUACGUCCGCUACCAAUCCUUCAAUACGCAGAGUGAGCUGGAGAAAGAGAUGCAGAAGAUGAACCCCUACAAGAUUGACAUAGGCGCAGUAUACAGUCACAGGCCCAAUCAACACAACACGGUGAAGUCUGGGACCUUCCAAGCUCUGGAGAAGGAGUUGGUGUUUGAUAUUGAUAUGACUGACUAUGAUGACGUGCGGAGUUGCUGCAGUGCGGCUGACAUUUGCCCCAAGUGCUGGACCCUGAUGACAAUUGCCAUCCGUAUCCUGGACCGAGCUCUUCGGGAGGACUUUGGAUUCCGACACCUUCUGUGGGUGUACUCUGGAAGGAGAGGAGUGCAUUGUUGGGUGUGUGACGAGGCAGCAAGGAAGCUGUCUGUAGCGGCCCGCUCCGCUACUGCCGAAUACCUCAGCCUGGUGAAGGGAGGGGAUGAAACUGUUCGGAAAGUAGUCUUGUCAGAUCCAAUUCACCCCUCCAUCCGAGAUGCUCUGAAAGUGGUAGAGCACUACUUCCCACAGUAUGCACUACAUGACCAGGCGGUCUUGGGACUCAAGGAAUCUGUUGACAAAGUGUUGGCCCUGGUCCCUGAAGAUGUUAGAAAGGAUUUACACACAUACUUUGAGUCUGAGAAGAACCCUGAGAAGCGCUGGGGCCUGCUGAGGGGCUGCGCAACAACCAAACAGGGCACCCUGAAGAAGGGCCAGCACUUUGAGAAAGAGAUCAUGCUGCAGUACUGCUACCCUCGGCUCGAUGUGAAUGUCAGCAAAGGGGUUAACCAUUUGUUGAAGAGCCCCUUCAGUGUUCAUCCCAAAACGGGGCGCAUCUCCGUUCCCAUUGACCUUAGGCAAUUGGAUACGUUUGAUCCGUUUGAUGUACCCACAAUCAGUCUUAUCUGCGCGGAACUGGAUCGACCCAGGGUGGGGGAGGAGGAAGAGCAGGUGCCUAAGGAGAAGGACAGUGAUAUAGAUGCAGCGGAGAGACGAAGGAUAAGAGAUUACAAACGGACGAGCCUAGCAAAAUACGUGAAGGUUUUGGAUCAGUUCCUGGACGGAGUGGCCCUGUCCAACAGAGGAGAACUGCUGAAGAAGAGUGAUCUUCAAAAGGAUUUCUGAUUGACCCUCACCCAUUCGCGUCACCAAUAAAAUUCCAUGCAUCUUGUUGUAUAGAUCAUAUUUGUUAUAAAUUGUUUUGUUGCUUUUUUCUACCACAUAAAUACUGAAUACACGUCCUG